UGCCCAGAAGACCCUCACAAUUGGACUACGUCCGGAGGGAGUGGCAUCGCUCCGAAAUAGGGGAAGAAGGGUUAUAAAGCGGGGAGUCCACCACACAUGGUCUUGAAGUAGCUUUUAUAAAAGGCAAAGUGCAUCUUUGCUGGACGUUGUUGGAAAGGAGUAGAAACAAGCAGACGAAAACAUCCCAAAGGGUAACCACUAGCGUUCCUGCUUCUUGCAACAUUCAUCCCAGGCCUCCAGCUGAGCCCACCCUAGGCCAGGUGAUCAGCCGGCCGCCACAUUCCCUGCAACUGAAGCACCUGCUCCUCCAUGAACUCGCCAAGAGCUGAGCGCCUUCGCUCCACACCUCAGCGCAGCUUCAGGGACUCCGAUCGGGAAGAAGGUAAAAUCGAUGUCCUGGGAGAGGAGGAAGAUGAAGACGAGGGGGAGGACGAGGAGAAGGAGGCGAGCCAGUCGUUCCUAGAGCAGUCGCCCCAGCCGGGGCUGCAGGUGGCACGGUGGGGCGGGGAUGCGCUUCCCCGAGAGCACAUCGAGGGCGGCGGCGGCCCGAGCGACCCCUCGGAGUUUGGCACCAAGUUCAGGGCACCGCCAAGGUCUGCGGCGGCCUCUGGAGACGCCCCGCAGCCGGCAAAGCCCCCCUACUCGUACAUCGCGCUCAUCACCAUGGCCAUCCUGCAAAGCCCGCACAAGCGCCUCACGCUCAGCGGCAUCUGCGCCUUCAUUAGUGGCCGCUUCCCCUACUACCGCCGCAAGUUCCCCGCCUGGCAGAACAGCAUCCGCCACAACCUCUCGCUGAACGACUGCUUCGUCAAGAUCCCCCGCGAGCCGGGCCACCCAGGCAAGGGCAACUACUGGAGCCUGGACCCCGCCUCCCAGGACAUGUUCGACAAUGGCAGCUUUCUCCGGCGUAGGAAGCGUUUCAAGCGCCACCAACUGACCCCGGGAGCCCACCUGCCCCACCCCUUCCCUCUACCUGCUGCACACGCCGCCCUGCACAACCCCCACCCAGGCCCUCUGCUUGGGGCCCCUGCCCCGCCGCAACCUGUCCCGGGGGCCUACCCCACCGCUGCCCCCGGGAGACGCCCGUGCGCUCUGCUGCACCCACAUCCUCUUCGCUACCUACUGCUCUCGGCCCCGACCUAUACCGAGGCACCGAAGAAAGCAGAAACCGGGGACCUGGAGACCCCGGGCACCCUUCCCGUGCUGCAGCCCUCACUUGGUCCCCAGUCUUGGGAGGAGGGCAAGGGUCUGGCAUCGCGACCGGGAAGCGGAUUCAUCUCUUUCAGCAUUGAGAGUAUUAUGCAAGGGGUCAGGGGAGGGGAUACAGGGGCUGCGCAGAGUUUGUCCCCGACCGCGUGGAGCUACUGCCACCUGCUCCAGCGACCAUCAUGCCUCUCGGACAAUUUUGCAGCAACAGCAGCAGCAUCAGGAGGAGUACUGCGCCAAUGGCUGCGCUCCAACCAAGGGCGCGGUGCUGGACCGGCACCUGUCCGCCGCCUAGGCGCUGCUGAGGUAUCAGGCAGUGGCAGAGGGCUCUAG